AUGAAUACACAGCGAGGUUCAUAUGAUCCAAGUGACCCUGUUACACCAUAUAAGACAGUGCUUCCGGUAUCUAUAAAAAGCACAGAUGGAAAGUCAUCACAAUACAAUCAGCGACCAGACGCUUCAUCAACAACACUGAAUGGUACAGAAACGAUGGAAGUUGUAAGAACGCACUUUAAUUGGCCUGAUUACCAAACUUAUUCUCAAAUCGCAUCUAUUAAAUCUCUGAUUCCACCAAAUAUUACAAUAUGCAAGGGAUAUGGAUUUUCAUGUACCAAUGUACCGAGUUUGGUCGUUGCAACACUUCAGAGAUGUGAUGGAGUGGAAGACUGUCCUGAUGGAAGUGACGAGACAGGAUUAUGUCAUACAACAAUAAACUGCUCCAGCACAACUUACGGUGUUCUUUCCUCAAAGUAUUCAAUAUGUCUACGUGGAAAUCGUUUAUGUGAUGGAAACAUUGACUGUCCAGAUGGCACUGACGAAAAGCAUUACUGUAAAACCAAAUGCUCCGAAGAUGAGAUGCAAUGUGGUAAAGAUGGUAUCUGCUUGAGUCGAGAACAGUUUUGUGACGGUGACGUGCACUGUAAAUAUGGAGAGGACGAGGAAAAUUGUAAUGGUAAAUGUCGUGAGGGUGCGCUUUGGUGUGAAGAUAAUGGAAAAUGCAUACCUAAAUGGCAACUCUGCGAUGGUAUUCGAAAUUGUCCUAAUGGAGAAGAUGAAAUGCCGUUUCAGAGGUGCACAUGUAAAGAGUGUUCAGGGAUUGGUAAAGCUCUCUGCCAUAAUAGUAAUGUCUGCAUUGAGUAUUCGCAAAUUUGUGAUGGAUAUGAUAACUGCCCCGGAGGAGAUGAUGAAGUGAACUGUCCUGGGAUUUGCUCAGAUAAAUCCAUUGAGGAUGUUGAUUUUAUUCGAUGCCGAGAUGGUCAAAAAUAUCACAAGAAAUAUGCAUGUAGUGGCAUUCUCAACAUGUGUGAAGGAAAGUGUAGUCAAUGCACUGAAGAGGUGGCAUUCACAUGCAAAAACCAUAGAUGCAUUCAAAAGAAUUUGGUUUGCGAUGGCGUAGAUGACUGUGGUGACAAUUCAGAUGAGCUGAAUUGCAAGUGCAAUGAUAUGGAGCAAAAAGGAAAAAUGCAGUGUAAAGCAUACUCUCGUGGUGGAACUCUUAAAUGCAUUCUAUUGGCUCAACGAUGUGAUGGUUACAAAGACUGUCCAGAUGGAGAAGAUGAAAAAGAAUGUGACAAGUGUAACGGUUCGAAUGCUAUUUACUGUGAACCAUUAAAAACGUGCUUGGAUAUUACAAAACGUUGUGAUGGUCUUGCCGACUGUCCAAAUGAAUGCAAAAUGCAUGGAUUUCCUAUGUAUAUGUGCACAAAUGCAGCAAAAUGCUUUAGAAGACAUGAAGUAUGCAAUCCGUAUACACGAUGUCCAAAUGCUGCAAAAGUUGACCAGUUGUUUUGUGCUAAUAAAGUUUUUUUAUCAGGAAGCAAGAAGCUUUAG